ACUGUUGCACAAAUAGGCAAUACAAAAUGUGGUACUGUUGCACAAAUAGGCAAUAUAAAAUGUUGUGGUACUGUUGCACAAAUAGGCAAUACAAAACGUGGUAGUGUUGCACAAAUAGACAAUGUAAAAUGUUGUGGUACUGUUCCACAAAUAGGCAAUACAAAAUGUGGUACUGUUCCACAAAUAGGCAAUACAAAAUGUGGUACUGUUCCACAAAUAGGCAAUACAAAAUGUGAUACUGUUGCACAAAUAGGCAAUAUAAAAUGUUGUGGUACUGUUCCACAAAUAGGCAAUACAAAAUGUGGUACUGUUCCACAAAUAGGCAAUACAAAAUGUGGUACUGUUGCACAAAUAGGCAGUAAAUACGCUUUGUAG